UUAUUUAGGUCACUGGAUGCCCCGGAAACGGUUUUAUCUGAAAGACCCCGGGGUGAAGAAGAUGGCGAGGGGGGGCUAAACAAAAGAAGUUAUGUUAUCUGUUAGUAAACUUUCCUAGCCCGGAUUAGGCUAUUGUAAUUUUCUUAAUGGAGUAAAAAUGUAUUUCGUGAAAGCUAGGAAGCAAUUCGAGGAGCAUGAUUCUAAUGAAACAACAGAGAAAAGCCGGCGCGAUCGUUACCAACGGUCCGAUUCGGCUCGCUUGUUACUGCAAACAAUACCAACAGCAUCAGCACUGUUACCACCAUCAUUACAACAGCAGUCAACAAAGUUAGAAGAUGCCACUAAAGUAUCAUUUCAAUCGGCAGAAUCAAAACGCAGAGCUAAUUCAGGAACACCAGUAGAUCUACUGGAUGAGCUUCCAGAUGGGGUGUGCUAUCAACCUAAAAAAGAUCUUACAAAUUUACCCAGUUGUUCUGUCUCCUCAGUUACCAAUGCAACUGCAUCAUCCUUACCAUUGAUUCUGCAAGAUGGAAAUUCGUCAAUAUGCUCAAAUGAAGUAGCGGAACAGAUACGUCCAGCAGAGUACAUCGGGACAUUUUCGGUGUCUGGGAGUGACAAAGAGGCGAGGGAACGACAGAUGGAGGCACAGCUUGAGCACAUGAGGAAUGCUAAGGACAGCAAGGCAGUGAAUUUGAUCAUCUCUAAUCAUGGUGUCAGGGUUAUACUCAAGGAGAACAAUAAUGUGUUCAUGGAUCACUCCCUCAAGAGGAUCUGGUAUGCUACAUGUGACCCUGAAUACUGCCAGUUCUCCUUCCUAGCCAGGGAACCCAAGACUAGUGCUGAGGUGCAAUAUUGCCACGCUUUUGUUACAGAUACACCUGAAGAGGCAGAAGACCUGAUUUCAAUCAUUGGUGAAGCUUUCAAGUCUACAUACCAAGAAACUAAGAAACCUCCAACAUUCCAUGAGAUCAUAGAACAGCAGGUACAGCAACAGCAAGCCAAAUUUCGAGAGAUUGAAAAAGAAGCCAAAAAUGCCCUUCAGAAAAAGCUGAAUGAAAUUGCUACCCCCACGCCAUUUUCAGAGCGAGCCCAGGUCAGAAUGGAGAGAAGAAAGCAGUCAGAAGAGAUGAAUGAGCCAGCUCAAUCAGAGAAGAAAAGCUGGGCCAAGAUCCAAGUUGAAACUCAGGGGUUCUCACACAGCAGGCCUGCGGACAGAAGUUCCAACAGUUCAGCAGCAGUCAACAGGCGCAGUGAAAUCCCAUCCCGCCAAACUCCACCCAUUUCGUCACCCUUCAAGCGUAAUUCUGUGCCACCUCAGGCAGCUCUUUCAUCUAACUCAGUGCCUUCUUCACCCCACCCCCUUUCUGCCAUGGCAAUCAAAGAAUCAUUAGAAGCAAGAAACUCUAAAUUAAAAGGUUCACCUGUCACUGCCUUAAAAAAUGAGAUAGAUAAACGUCUAGCCAUGUCUAAUGGCAAUGAUAUGCAUCCUAAUGUGGAUCAGUUUGUUAAAGAGCAGUUGAAACUGCAGCAACAACAGCAACAGCAGCAAAACGCCAUGGCCAACCGACCACUACCUCAGCCCCCAGAGCAGAGUGGGAGCCCCCAGCGGUCCCGCCAUGAGACCCCUGGCGGCCCACAGUUCCACCAACAGUCCCCCCACCGCCUCCAGCAGCGGAGCCUUGAUGACUACCAUCUACCUCGUUCCUCCAGUUCCCAGGUUCCCCUCUCCUCCUCCAGGAACGGAGGGAACAAUGUCAAGCUGAGGGACUCACCCCGGAGAAAACAGCCCCGCCCUCACAGUGAAAUUGCAACAUCCUCUAGUGGUGCGGCAGGGGGCGCAACUUUCUAUGAACAGCAGCGACAAUCUUUGUUGAAUAAUUUUGCUGCAAGUUUUAACCUCCCCGCUCACAUGGAGGGUGGGAGUGACGGGAUGUAUAUUUAUGGCCCCUCACACAACGGAGAGGAUGAGGGGAGUAACUACGGCCGACAGCAGCAGGAGAGGGGCCGAGACUUUAAUAGGAGAUCAGAGGCCGUGGCAGUGAGGAAGAGUUCUGGCACCAAGGGUGGGGAGGCAGGACUGCACUAUGACUUCCCCAGGUCAGACGGUGUCCGUCCAGUAGAUUCUAGUCAAAAUCCAGGCCGCCAGAGUCAUAUUCCAGUCAGCCUAGGUCAAGGCCACCGCUCCCAGAGUCCGAGGUCCAGCAAUAUUGCCCACCAGAAGGAGGCGGUGCCCAGGUACCAGAACGACAGCCCCUUUCAGAAUGAUAGAUCUGACAAGAAACAGACCCCUGGGUUAGAGUCCCUGAUGUGUCUAGACAGGAGCCACAUCCAUGAUGAGACGUUACGUAACACGCCAUGGUAUCAGGCCGGCUUGCCCAGAGAGAUAGCCCUGGAUAUCCUACAGCAGGAAGAUGUGGGGUCCUUCAUAGUCAGGGACAGCUCCACCCACCCAGGAUGUUUCGCCCUGUCUGUCAGAGUCCCCAAGUAUGAAAACGCUUCUGGGAUUUCACACUAUUUGAUAUUACGAACACACCGAGGGGUCAAGUUAAAGGGUCUGGACAAGGAGUGGUCCACUCUUACAGCUCUGGUCACUCACCAUACAGUCAUGAGAGAGAUGUUGCCCUGCACACUGAGGCUACCCAAGGUCAAGGGUCAGGGUUCCCAACCCCUGCAGGAGAGGUCAGGGGAGAGCAGUGAGAAUGUUGACAGUGAUAACUACAACCAGCUGGCUGACGUGUCCACCCUGGUUGGUCAGCUCAAAAUGUGAUCAUCUUUUGUUGUCCCCCCACCCCCUCCCUCCUUCAGUGUACAAGGCAUAAUUUUUUUUAAACAUUUCUGUAUGAAUCAUUCGUCACCCUUAUUUAUGUGAACUCAUUUAUUUAUUUGUUCCCUGCAACAAGUCAUUUUAUUUACUAUCAUUUGUUUGAUUUUUGAGUCAAAUUCUCAACUACAAUGUGUUUAGUUUUAGUUUUUAAAGAUAUGUUAUGUUAGAAGCCCUUUGACCGUUGUAUAUAUAAAUACACCUCUUGAUGCUAGUAUUGGUCUGAUCCUACUGCUUGUGUACUUUAAUUUGCUUCUAAGGUUUUUAUAAGGGGAACUGGUGCAACUAUUGCAAGAUUUUUAUUUUUUACAUUUUCCUUUUUUUUUUAAUCAGACAUCAAUACUUGCAUUUUUUUUUGUAAAUGCUUUUGUGAGUAAAUCCCUGAAAUCAGUUGCCUAAUAAUUCACUUGAUCACCAGUCUAAACUAUGUGGUAAAACAAUACGAAUGCUGGUUUUGUUUUUUGUCCUUGUCAAUUAUUUCAAAAUAAAUAUUUAUAAUUUUCUCCAUCAAAAAUUUUUGUACAAAUUAUGUAGAAAGGGAAGUAACUAAUACAUUUUUUAAACUUCAAGAAAAAAGCAGAGUUGUCUUUCCAUUUUCAUUCCAAAAAUAACGUUCAUCCCAAAACCAUUUUACAUUUUCAUGAUUACCUCCCAUCGUACUGAUUUCCUCUGAGUGCAGCAAACUUAUCAUUGCCUUUCAGUAGCAGCUUGAUAUUUUUAUUACAGAUCGUGUACAAACAUGUAUAUGGUGUUUCUAGCUAUGCAGAGUGUUCACAACAGACAACAUAUUUAUUUGUGUGAAUUUAUCCAAUUGUACAAGAAAAAUGGAUUGGAAUUUUUUUUUAAUUCAUUUUUUGUUUUUUAAUUUAUAUGCAUGAAGAUGUGUAACUUGUGUUAUAUUUCUUUUAGAGGAUUGUGUUAAUCAGUGAUUAGAUGAAAUGUUGUAAUCAUCUUUAAUAUUAUCAGACUCAUUGUAUUCACGUGAAUGUUAAUUUCAAGUGUUGUCAUUCAGCUGUUUCAAUGAGUGAAGGUUUAACACUGGUACAACAAAGUAAAGGUGAAUCGAUUUGUUUUAAGUUAGAUGGGAUUCUCAGAAACCACAGUGUAGUGAAUAAUUUGUUUGUGACAAAGAUUGUUACUUGUUUUAACCAGUGUUUUGUAAAGAGCAAUAUUUAGUCUUGUUUAUCAAGUGUAGAUAACUUAGUGGCUUGGCAUUAGAGGUGUAGAUAAGUGCUUGUAGGUGGAGUUAGGUCCCCUGUUUUAAUUGGUACAGAGUUGUCUGUACUUGUUUGAUUUGUUGAUACGGUUUUAGUGCUUUAAUAUGAAGCAAUAUUGGAGGGCAGAGAAUGAGAGUUCCCCCUCUUGGUUUGGUUGUUAUAUGUAGUCCUAUUCAUUUCUUGAGGUCACUCAGUAACAAUGGUUUCAUUCAAGUACAACUGAAUGAUGUACCCAAGUCGUUUCUUCAUUUAGUUUUUUUUUUUAUUGACCACAAUAAAGGGAAGUUCUCUUUUUAUUCAUAACCGCAAUAAAGAAAAAUUGUAACAUCUUAAGUUUGUUUUUUUUUUUAAAGGAAAAACACUUUCUAGUAAAUCAUGCCAGUGUGCUAUACUGAGGUCAUUAUCAAUUAUAUAGAUGAGAGUAAACAGUUAAAGCUUUAUAACUUGCAUAAAGAUAAAGAAAAGGAACUUAAUCAGACAUUUUCAUUGUUUUAAUGAAAGUGCUGGGUGGUGUGUGUACAAUGUGUGUAUAUAUGAGAUGUGUUGGACACAGGUCACUGUUUGUACAAAGUGGUCAUCAUUAAUUUAACCUGUAGCUGUUGAGUUGUGUUAAUAAAUUUUUCUCCUCUCUCU